AUGACCUUGCAAUUCGAUCCCAAAGCCAUAGCAUCACAGCUUACAAUAGAGGAAGCAUGCUCGUUACUUCACGGUAAGGACUUUUGGCGACUCAACGGAGUUCCACGAUUGGGCGUUCCUGCUGGGCUGAAGUUGAGCGACGGACCUAAUGGUGCGCGCGGUGAAGACUUUGUCGGCGGGACAUCAUCUGCAUGUUUUCCUGCCGGUGUCUGCCUUGCCGCUACAUUCGACAUCGAUGCCGCUCGAAAGAUUGGUAAUGCUAUAGCAGAGGAGUGUCGUUCCAAAUCGGCUUCUGCCAUCCUUGGACCUACUGUGAACAUCCACCGAUCACCGCUGGGUGGUCGAAACUUUGAAAGCUAUUCCGAAGAUCCCGUUGUUGCUGGAAAUAUUGCCUCCGGUUACAUUCAAGGUGUCCAGGAAAAGGGGAUUUGCAACGACUCGGAGCUUGACCGACGUGUCAUGAAUGUCCAAGUAGAAGAAAAACCUCUCCGAGAGAUCUAUUUACGGCCUUUCGAGAUUGUAUUUAGGCAAGCCAAACCCAAAGCCAUGAUGACAGCCUAUAACAAGGUCAAUGGGGAAUAUGUUUCUGACUCGGCUCGUCUCAUCAAUGGUAUAGUCAGAGAGGAAUGGAGAGCAAAGGAUGUCCUAGUGAUGAGCGAUUGGUGGGCAACUUAUUCACUCAAAGAAGCCGUGAUGGCUGGUAUGGAUCUCGAGAUGCCUGAUCACCAUUUUCGUGGUGGUAAGAAGUUGGUAAAGGCGGCUAAGGAAGAUCCUGAAUUAGCGGAUGCUGUACGUGAACGAGCGGAAACAGUUCUUGGAUUGAUUCAAUACGCUGGUGGCUACGAUCUUCCCCCAGAAAGGCCAGAAACGGCCGAGGACAAACCAGAACAUCGAGAAUUAAUACAGUCAGUGGCUGCUUCUGGUGCUGUUCUUUUGAAAAACAAGAAUGACGUCUUACCGCUCUCGACCUCAACACCUAUCGCUGCUGCCGGACUGUACGCGUCAGAGGCGCUGAUACACGGAGGUGGCUCUGCAAGCCUCUACUCUCACCAUCGAGUAUCCCCCAUAGAGGGUAUAUCUCAACGUUUCCCAAAAGCGACCCUCAUCAGAGGUCCUAAUGCAUACAAUUAUUGCCCGCUCCCGGAAAACAAUGUGGCCACCCGACCAGAUGGAGAAUAUGGGAUGAUGGUAGAGUUCUUCCAACCUGACGGAACCUUAGUUGAAACAAGACCAUUGAGUGGUACAUUCCUCACUGCUCUGGACCGUUACCCUAAGGGAUUACAGAUGGGCUGGACCGCUACCAUGUCGUUCAGACUCAAAGCAGCUACUAGUGGUCGACAUACUCUCUCAAUAGCUUCAUGUGGCCCCGCAGAAUUAUUCGUGAAUGGUCAAUCAUUAUGUGUGAUUGUGCCCAAGGAGGAAGACCCCAAUUUAUUCCUUAUGCUGUCACUCCACAAGAUCGCCAAGAAGGUCGAAUACGACUUUGCAGCAGGUCAGAGUUACGAUGUCAAGAUCAACUACACAUCCAAUGAUGCUCUCCUUUAUGCAACCUCACUUCCAGCGAAUGGUCUUCACUUUGGCUUUGCGGAAGCAAUCGACGAGGACAAAAUCAUAUCGGACGCAGUCGAAGCCGCAGAGCAAAUCGGGACUGCGGUCUUAUGUGUGGGACAUGGUCCUGAUUAUGAGACCGAAGGCUUCGAUAGGGAAGACAUAUCACUGUUGGGUCGCCAGAAUGAAUUUAUCGAACGUGUUGCCGACUCAUCCGCGAAGGUCAUUGUCGUUGUCUAUGCAGGCUCUCCCAUCGCUAUGCCCUGGCUGGACAAAGUCGAUGCCGUAAUAUACGCAUGGUUCCCAGGUCAAGAAUUAGGUCAUGCGUUAGCCGACGUCAUAUCUGGCGAAGUGAAUCCGAGUGGUCGGCUACCCGUCACAUUCCCAAAACGGAUCGAAGACAAUCCUUCGCAUGGGAAUUUUCCUGGAGAAAAUCAAAAGAUUGCCUACGCCGAAGGUUGCUUCGUUGGGUACCGCCAUUACGCGUCCAAGAACAUCCCGACCUUGUUCCCUUUCGGAUCCGGUUUAUCAUACACUUCCUUCUCCGUAUCCGAUCUCCAGCUUGCGGGGCAAGAGGCUUUUGGCCCCGGUCAAAACAUCACAGUCUCAGUGACCGUCACAAAUACUGGCCUUAAGUCCGGAAGACAUACGGUCUUGGUAUUUGUUACUCCCCCUGAGGGCUCCUCCAGACCUGUCCUAUCGUUAGAAGGAUUUGCCAAAACACAACUCCUUCAGCCAGGUACACAGGAAGAGGUGGUCAUAUCCCUUGCUGAAGACGCCUUUUCCCAUUGGGCUGGCGGAAUAGACGGUUCCUGGGAGAUUGAACCCGGGAAUUAUACCAUUCAAAUACUUCAAGAUGCAGGCUGCACUUCGGGAUUAUCACAGACUCUAAAUAUACCAUCGGGCUGGGAGAGGGAUUAUGCGCUUGCUUAA